AUGAUUUACUCGACACUCACCAAAGGAUACGUUAUGCGAUUGUUCAGAACGACAGGUCAGCCGCAAGCCAACGUGCCGCCCUGCGAACUUCUCAUCUUCCACUCAUAUUUUCUUCUUCUCCCAGCUCCUUUCCUCCCCUUUUUUCAGUCCGUUUUCGUCAACUGUUCUCUGGUUUUCUGGCCCCGUUAAACUUCCAGUUCUUCGUUUUAUCGCUGAAAAACACACGGCCCUUAAGGUUUCAUGAUUUCUCAAGUCAGUAUCCACAAACAUUGAUGUUUUCAAAGUAUCAGUUGAUUCUCAUACAAUUUUCCUAUCUCUCUCUCUCUUUUUCUUUCUUUGUUGCCUUUUCAUGACGUGAGUGCGUCCGUAUUGAGGGCAGGAAAAGCAUGGAAGAGAAGUGAAAGCAUUGGAUUGAAAGCGCCUGCGUCUCUCCGCACCCCUAUUACUUUUUUUGCGUGUGCACACUUCGAGCUGUCUACUCUUUGCUCUUCCUUUUCCUUUUUUUUUCUCAAUUUAUUUCCCAAUACGUUGCAAUGACCUUCAUUUUUUUCCGAUGCGGUCGUAUGAUGAUAAGGCUAGGUUGCAGACGAGAAAAGGGAUUCCCCCGAGUAUCUUUUGAAAAACGUCAUCUGUUUCUCUUUCUCUGAUUGAUUCAUGAUUAUUCUUCCUCCCUCUCUCCUUGAUCAUCUGUUGUUCGCACUUUCAUUAUUUCAUUUUCAGCUCAACCGGAACGUGCCUUAUUCUGGAAGAUGUCUGCAGACACGAGCCAUCCGAUCACCAUCCGGAGAUGUUCAUGUACCAGCGAAACGUGUGAGUCUGAUGCUUGAAGAAGCAAAAAAAAUCGCCAACAGCUGUUAAAUGUCGAAUGUGAUACUUUGCUCGUCCUUUUGUCAAAGUUUUAUGUUUCCAGUUUAUGGCUACCGUACUUUUACUUUUGCGCCUACGUUUCAGUUAUUUUUUAUAGCCAUCUAGCGGAUGCUGUAAUAGUAAGCAUGCGGAAGUUGCCUACGUCAAUUCUCAAAUGUCAAACACCUCAUUUCAGUGUCUCCAAAAAAGUCAAUCUCCUCGCUGCCGCCCGUCGCCGCUCGGAGACCCUCCAGAAUCCUCGACGAAGCGCAUCUCCCGAAGCAACUUCUCGUCCAACAUCAUCACGAGGAUGGCGCAUUCCUUCGAAAUAUUUCAGCUACGGUCAGUCCGCUUUCGAUUCCUUCGUCAAACGUCAUAAAACUACACACUUUCGCCCUCUUCCAACACGUGCCUUUCUUUCCCUUUUAUGGUUUCGAACGACGUCUGUCUGAUCCUAUGGGUGCAACGGCUGGUCUUUCGACGAAACAAUUCGAGCGUCCUGGGGUCGCAGUGGGUGUAAAAUGUGCGGGAGAAUGGUCUGAUCUUCAGGAGACAAUUGACUAUUUUGUUGACAGAUCAAGGAGAAUGGUAAACCGACAUUUCGCCCAGCCCUGAAUAAAACCUGCGAAUAGUCUUCAGUUUCUUUCGAGAAGUUCUUCCGAAUCUAAUUUCAAGCUUCCGGCUUCUUUCCCUUAAAACGACCCACCGAAUUCUCUUCGUUUCCCGACAAAAACACGAACAUUUUUGAACGGAAAAGCGGCAAUCUUCGCUGAUUAUUUGAUCUCGGUGCAACCUUGAGAAGACGGCAGCUUACUGCCACAUAAAACGUGCGUCGUCAUUCGUCGCAACACAUUGUUUCGAGGGUUCGCUGUUGCGAGCGAGAGAAAAGAGGACGCAGAGAGACAAAGGGUGCUGCUGCACCGCGCCGCUCCCCCUCACUUUCGCGCGAACCGUCUUCGGCUCCGCCCCUCUUCCUGCCUGUGACCCUCGCAUUCGGUCGUCAUUCGUCCGUCCGCUCGGCGCGGCUCGUCUCUCUCGCUCCGUCUCCUUCCAAUUCGUAUUCGCUUCCGAUUCGAGCAAUCAUGGCCACCGUCGGCGUACUUUAUCCGGCCUACACGAGCUCUCCGUUGUUCGUCGAAGAUCCGAUCGUUAUUCUCAAGGGUUCUAUCGAGGUGACGAUUUUUUUAAAUUUAAAACUCUAGCAGUGCAACUUUAGCAGUGUUCCACUUCCCCUUUUCACAAAAUUUAAGCCAAAAACGAUUUUUUUUUCUCUUUUUUUUCAGAAAAAUCCAAAAAUUUUCCUGUUUUCUUUCAGGAGCUCGUGCUCGAAGUUGAAGAAACGGCGAACCAGCAACAACUGGGAGCCCCGUCCUCACUUCCGGAAUCGCGAGUCCUCGUCCUCUACACGGGCGGAACCAUCGGAAUGAAAUCGUCGGACGGAGGUGAGCAGACAGGGGGAAUUCCCCCCUCACGAGGCAUGACUUUCAAAUGUCGUCCGACUUCACUAUGCCCUUGAUAAGACUGUUUUGCACUUUCCAAUAGACGCGUAUUUUGGCGAGUUUGCAUGUGUCCGGCACAUGAACUGCACACUGAUCGCCGUGCUGUUUGCCUUGUAGACAGGCUUGCAAACGACGACGGUGUCCGUUCCAUUCUUUGCUCAUGCGAAUAUUUGUCGUCGUUCUUUCGUUGCUCCUGCUGCCUGCCGGACACUAAACAUAACUCUCAUUUGGGAGCAAUUUGUGAUCGUCUAAAUAUAGAGGAGACUAGUGUUUGCUGAAGAUCGAAAAGUCAGCUGGACACGUGGUCUGACGCAACUGAACUGGGAGAACUAAAGCGGAUUGCGCGGCCGGGAGCUAUUUGAGCAGCAGGCACCCAUUGCAAACUUUGCCCUUCUUUCAGUUUACUGCCCGGUGCCCGGAUACCUUCCCGAAGUGCUCCGUGAUAUUCCGCCACUCAAUGACCGUCGAUACAUCGAAGAGCAGUAUUCGAAUAUGGCCGUCCGACCGUAUUCCCUUCCGCCAGUUCGGCACAUGAAGAAGAGAGUCGUCUAUUGGGUUAGAUGACACCUUCCAUUCUCCUUCACUCAACAAUCUUUUUCCAGAUUGUCGAGUACGAGCCCCUUCUCGACUCGUGCGAUAUGACUUUCGACGACUGGAUUCGCAUAGCGACGGACAUCAAAAAAGCCUAUCAAAAGUACGAUGGAUUUGUCGUUCUUCACGGAACCGACACGCUCGCCUACACUGCCAGCGCUCUCUCCUUCAUGAUGGAGAACCUCGGAAAGCCGGUCAUCAUCACGGGAAGCCAGAUUCCGGUUGCGGAAGUUCGCUCCGACGGAAUGGAAAACCUCGUCGGGGCACUGAUUACUGCGGGUAACAUUGAUAUUCCGGAAGUUUGCGUCUACUUCAACAACAAGCUGAUGCGUGGGAACAGAACUGUCAAACUGGACAACUCGGCGCUCGAAGCCUUCGACAGUCCGAAUAUGAAUCCUCUCGCUCAGAUGGCGAUCAACAUCAAAGUGAACUACGACUCGAUCUUCCGCAGUGACAUGGUCGCCGCGUUCACUGUCCACGAGAAUCUGUGUCGUGACGUCGGAAUGCUCCGUAUCUUCCCAUCAAUGACCAUCGAGUCUGUGCGUGCCUUCCUUCAGCCGCCGACGAGAGGAGUCAUUCUGCAGACAUUCGGAUCUGGAAAUAUGCCGACGAGACGACAAGACAUCAUUAUGGCACUGAAAGUAGGUUGAAAAAGAUGAGGAACAACGUAUUUUACACGUUUUAGGAAGCCAUAGGCCGGGGAGUUAUGGUGGUUAACUGCUCGCAAUGUCUGAAGGGACAAGUCGAUGUGAACUACGCGACAGGCAAGAUUCUGUACGAUAUCGGAGUGAUUCCUGGAUCGGACAUGACUUCCGAAGCUGCGAUGGCCAAGCUGUGCUAUAUUUUGGGGAAGGACGAGUGGGAUCUGCCGAUGAAGAGAAGCGUGAGAAAUUCAGAAAUUAUCUUCGUCCAAUCAGAUGAGUAUUUCAUGAAUUCAGAUGCUGCAAGCAAAUCUUCGCGGAGAAAUGACCGUGGCCACAAAAGGAGCGAUGCGAGAGCUUGAUAUCAGUGAGAAGUUUCUUGGAAACUCGCUUUUCAUUUCAUCGGGUUCUUCGUUUCAGUUCCACACAUUGCCAAGUGCCUGCGAGUCUCAUCUUCGCAAGAAGUACAACUUCUGCGCGACAUCAUCCUCCCUCCAAUGUUCUGUAAUGCCGCCAAGACGAACGACGUCGAAAUUCUGAAAUCUCUGAAGGCGUCCGGAGUGAACUUCUCAGCAACCGACUACAAUCUUCGUACUGCUCUGCACGUGGCCGCUUCGAAUGGAAACAUUGAUUCAGUCAAGUAUCUGCUGACGAUCGGAACCAAUGUGCAUGUCAAGUAGGUGCCUAUUCCAGAUCUAGAAACUUAUUUUCAUUUUUCAGAGACAUGUUCGGUUACAACGCUCUCGUGUGCGCAGUGAAAGCAAAAGCGAUGGACUGCAUCAUUGCGAUCAGAGAUGCCGGAGGAUUCAUAGAUGCGUCGGCACAGAAGAUUGGUAUGAUUCUGGUUUUUAUCAGUUGUCGCCUAUCGCAUUUACUAUUUGAAACAGGCAAUGCCGCCACAGUUUAUAUGGGGUCGGGGCCAACGACUAGGGCCGUAUAAUGUAACGAGGCUGUGUAAUAGAUGCGAGGCUUCUCCUGAUAGACGUGCACUUUCAGGAGUCGAACUGUGCUUGGCCGUCUACCAGAAUGACAUCGAACUUCUCAAGUGCAACGAAGCGGCUGGAAUUCACAUGGGCGAGAAGGAUUACGAUAAUCGGACUGCGCUGCAUGUGGUAAUCAAAUACUCGUCAUUUCCGACCUCUCAACGGUUUUUUGUAGGCGGUGUCGCUGAACAAACCGGAGAUUGUCGCCUAUCUGCUGCAGUGCGGACUGGACCCGAACGAGAAGGAUGAUUUCGGCAUCACGCCAAUCGGAGAGGCACGGCGUCGCAAUUUGGAGGUGACGGUGUGAAGUAUGCUGCUGAACCAAAAUGUUUCUGAUUUCAGAAUCUCGAAAAAUUGAUGAUGACGUACAUGCCGCCUGAGUUGAAGAACGGCGGCGGCGAGGUGUUCCACAUGGAAUGA